AUGGGCCCCUGUACCGCCUCCUCAUGCUGCUGCCAGGCCCCUAAUCUGCCAUGGGCCCCCGUACCGCCUCCUCAUGCUGCUGCCAGGCCCCUAAUCUGCCAUGGGCCCCUGUACCGCCUCCUCAUGCUGCUGCCAGGUCCACAGUGUCUCAUGGGUCCCUGUACCGCCUCCCAUUGCUGCUGUCUCCAUCGCCACACUCUGCCAUGUGCCACUUUCAGGUCUCCUCACACUGCUGGUGGGUUCCAUUUUGUCAUAGGGUGCUGUAUGGCCUCCCAUUGCUGCUGCCUCCACCGCCACACUGUGGCUCCACACUCUGGUUUUGGCCCCGUGACUGCCCAAAUGAGUGAAGUGUGCGGUGAUUCUAAGAUCGACGGCACUCAUCUGCAUGUCAUACUGACUGACAGUAUUAUUUCUCUUCCCCAGCAGACUCCAAGGGCAUUUAAAUUAAAGGUACAGUGUUCUGCACUAAUAUAA